GCUUAUUCGAUUCAGUUGCUAUUCGAUUCUCGCCCAAAGCGGUCGUUUUUCCGUGCGCUUGGAGCUCUCAAACCGGUUUAGAGCCGCAUUGUUUUAUUUGGAAAAAUUUGGAACAAACUAUUAAAUCUCAAAAUGAAAAUCGACUAUGUGGUGGAUCAGGGACCGUGCAACACGGAGCUGAGGAGUUGGUGCAUUGGGAUAGCGAUCUACUGGCUGGUUAGCAUGACUCUUACCGUGCUUGUCUCUCCAAACGUUUUAAACUUUAUCGGAUUUGUUAUAGUAAUUAUCGCCAAUGUUUGCUUGCUGAUCGGAACGCAAAGGGAAAAUCGAAAAUUGGUCUUCGUCUGGCUGAUAUUUGCCAUUAUUGAAGUAAUAAGCUUUCCGUUUGCUGUUUUCGGUGUAAUCUUCCAUUACGGAGGAUACCGUGAGGCCACUGGUGUUAAUAACACCUUCGGCGCCUUGCUCGUUUACAUCAUUGUGCUUAUAUUCAUGCUCUUCGCUGCACGUAUUGUAUACUCCUUCUACCUCCAGCUUAAGAGUCGCGAGGAGAGCAAUCCUCCACGCACCACGAAUGUAGUUUAGUGCCAUACUUAAUCUUAUUUUUGGGGAAGCCCACAGUUCUACUUAACUCAGAGUUGUUAAUAAAGUGCGAUUUUUACUUGAUUGCAAUUUGUCGUUAAA